UUCAAAGAUUCAAUCUUUGCUGACUUAAGGAGUUGUUUGGUACUUUUUUGACUUUCAAGAUUCAAUUUUUACCGACUUAAAGGAGUUGUUUGAUGUUUUUUUGCUUUUCAAUAUAUUAUUUGCAUAAAUAAUGAGAUUUUUAGAAAAAAAAAAAGACAACUUAAAAAAUCUCCAUAUAUACGGGCUGUGACUAUGGCUAUUUAUGAAGACCAGACAAAAAUUCUUCAAUUAUGUAAUUCAAGAACCAAAAAUCUCUCCACAGAAAGAACCCAUAUAUAUGUAAAUGGGAUUUACCAGAAUUGUUUUAAAAAAAAUAAUUAAAAGAAGCUUUGAAAUUUUGGGUGUUCAAACAAAAAAAUGGAGGGAGAAGAAUUCAAGAAUGAGCAGAAAACUCCAUUGUUGGAUGGAUGGAAGCAUAGUAGAAUUGGGAGGAGGAAUUCAGUUACAUCAAUGAGGGGUGAUUUCUUGGCAAGAUUGCCUGAAAAGGUUAUAUCUUGUGUUAAUAUUGAUGUGGAAUCAUCAUCAUCAACAUCAAAUAUUGAUAUUUCCAAAUCGUCUUGCUUGUCUAAAGGAGAAAAAGAUUACUACGAAAAACAAUUCGAGACCUUGAAGUCAUUUGAAGAAGUUGAUUCCAUUGUGGCGUCUGAUUUCAUUGAUGAUGAGGGUCUUGAAGAACAAAAUCAAGAUGAGAGGGCAAUGCAGAUCUCCAAUUAUGCAAAUGUUUUGUUACUGGCUUUUAAGAUCUUUGCCACGGUGAAAAGUGGUUCCCUAGCUAUUGCUGCAUCUACGUUGGAUUCCUUACUUGAUCUCAUGGCUGGUGGCAUACUGUGGCUCAGUCACCUGUCAAUGAAAAAUAUCAACAUCUAUAAAUAUCCUAUAGGGAAGUUGCGAGUGCAGCCAGUAGGAAUCAUUAUCUUUGCUGCUGUUAUGGCUACACUUGGCUUUCAGGUGUUGAUUCAGGCAGUUGAAAAGCUACUCGAAAAUAAAUCUCCUGAAAAGAUGACAUCGGAUCAGCUUGUCUGGUUGUAUGGUAUCAUGAUAACGGCCACAAUGAUAAAACUUGCUCUUUGGCUAUACUGCAGAAGCUCAGGAAACAGCAUUGUCCGUGCUUAUGCAAAGGACCACUAUUUUGACGUGGUUACGAAUGUAGUCGGAUUGGUAGCGGCUGUACUUGGUGAUAAGUUCUACUGGUGGAUUGAUCCUGUUGGUGCCAUUAUUCUUGCACUUUAUACCAUCACCAACUGGUCGGGAACUGUUUUGGAAAAUGCAGUGUCAUUGGUAGGACAGUCAGCCCCGCCAGAAUACUUGCAAAAGUUAACAUAUCUUGUUAUAAGACACCCUCAAGUAAAGCGUAUUGAUACAGUUCGCGCAUACACAUUUGGCGUCUUGUACUUUGUAGAGGUUGAUAUUGAACUCCCGGAAGACUUGCCUCUGAAAGAAGCACAUAACGUCGGAGAAACUCUGCAAAUAAAGCUCGAGAAACUCCCCGAAGUUGAACGAGCAUUCGUUCACCUUGAUUUUGAAUGUGAGCACAAACCAGAACACUCGGUACUGAGCAGGCUGCCAAACACUGAACCUUAGCUUCAUUGCUGCCAAGUGACCAGGAGGUCACGGGUUAAAGCCGUGGAAACAACAUUUUGCAGAUAUGUAUGGUGAGGUUACGUAAAAUAGAUUCUUGUGGUUCGGCCCUUCCCCCGAUCCCCCGUGCAUAGCGGAAGCUUUAGUGCACCGGCUGCCCUUUUUUUAUAAAUGUGUAUAUUCAUAUGAUCCACCAUAACGGAUUUUUGAAGAGAGAUAUAACUAACUUGAUCUAUUUUCAGGUGAAAGGUGCUUGUGUCAUUUUUCAUCUUUGUUGUUCAAAUUCUCCAAAAAUGUUACUCUCAUCGUGUCGGAUUCUCCAAGAAUGCAUGCUUCUGUAGAAUCCGACACACACUAGGCGAAAUUUUUGAAGAAUCUGAGCGACAUGAAGUUGCAAGAAAAUUUUGGGA